AUGUCCGAAUCUGACCAGGAGCAAAGUUCACCUGAGCCACUUUCACCAAGAACCGCUGCUGUGCGUGCUGGUUUGAGGAGGAAUUAUAGUUCUUCAAGCGUUAAAUCUAAAAGUUACGAAUCUGAAGGUUCAAGCAACAUGGCAGAGAUUCCGAACAACAACAAUGAUGAAGGAGGUGGUGUGCUUGUUGUCCAACCAAGAAAACCCCUACGUGAGUUUUCCAUUCCCAAAGUCACCGAUCAACCUUCAUGCAUCGUCUAUCCUCAACUCACAGUUGACAGGUUUGAGCUUAAAAGUGGUAUGAUUCAUCUUCUUCCAACUUAUUAUGGUAAUACCACUGAGGAUCCUUACAUGCAUAUUAAGCAAUUCUUUGAAAUAUGUGCUACGAUCAAAAUUCAAAACCUUGAUGAUGAGCAGAUUAAGAUGAGGCUAUUUCCAUUCAGUUUAAAAGAUAAAGCUAAGUCUUGGUUAUACUCUUUGCCUAAUGCUUCAAUUCAUACUUGGGAAGAGCUUUCUAAUAAGUUUUUGCAGAAAUUUUUUCCGGCUCAAAAGACUAACAAGAUUAGAAAGGAAAUUCUUGGUUUCACACAAAAGGAAGGAGAAGCGUUUCAUGAAUGUUGGGAGAGGUACAAGGAGAUGAUAAGUUCUUGCCCACACCACAACAUAGAGAGUUGGAUGCAAAUGCAAUCCUUCUAUGAAGGUUUGCUUGAUUCCGAAAGGAUGAUGGUAGAUGCAACAAGUGGAGAAGGACUGAUGAACAAAACAGCAGAUGAGGCUUUUACUCUCUUUGAAUCCUUGAGUGCUAACUCUCAACAAUGGAGCCACAAUAAAGGAAGAGGAGCUCCUAUGAAAGCUGUGGUCUCUGAGGUAAGUACUAAUAAUGAGAUUGCUACAAAACUUGAUGUUAUGUGUUCUUUGCUCCAACAGGCAGUGACUGGCCCUCGAGGAAACAAAGUGGAAGUUCAAGACCAAUCUUUUGCAGAACAGAUGCUAGAACAAGCAAAUGCCCUUCAAGCAAGGAAUCCUAAUAAUGAUCCUUACUCAAACAUGUACAAUCCGGGGUGGAGAAAUCAUCCUAAUUUCAGGUGGAGCAAUAAUUCGAAUGUGCAACAAUCUCAAGGACCUCUCCCAGGAUUCCAAACACAACAAAGGCAAUUCCAGCAAGCUCCCCAACAAGUGCAAGAGCAAAGGGGUGAUCAAAUGGGAGAAUUGCAAGACAUGUUCAAGAAGUUCAUGGGGCAACAGAUGCAAACCAAUCAGAAUCUUCAAAAUGCAGUGAAUAAACUAGAAGUGCAAGUUGGGCAGAUUGCAUCCUCCUUGAGCCAUAGAGCAUCCGGAACUUUUUCGAGCCAAACAGAGGUGAAUCCAAGGCAUCAUGAGCAAGUUAAAGUAGUGCACAUCUUGAGAAGUGGUAAACAAGUUGAUAAUAAGGUUGGAGAUGCCAAUGAAGAGCAAGAAGAUGGAGAAAACGUGGAGAUCAUUCAGCCACCACAUGGGCAGCCCACAGUUUCCAACAAACAGUCCCUCAAUCCUUCUGGAAAGAGCACAGGCCCUAAGGUAUCAUCUAAUGCUAAUCAAGUUCCAAUUUCAACUAAUGCUUUUAGGCCUAUUGCACCCUUUCCCAGCAGGUUAUCAAAGUCAAAGAAAGAUCAAGGCUUGGAUGAGAUAAUGGAAACAUUCAAGAAGGUGCAAAUCAACAUCCCAUUGCUCAAUGCCAUUACUCAGAUUCCAAAGUAUGCAAAAUUUUUGAAGGAUCUAUGCACUAACAAGAGGAGAUUCAAAGAGCAUGAACAAGUUGCAUUGAGUGAAGAGGUAAGUGCAGUUUUACAAAGAAAGCUACCUCCAAAGCUAAAGGAUCCAGGUUCGUUUUCUAUACCUUGCAUUGUUGGUGAUUUCAAGAUUCCAAAAGCUUUGCUUGAUCUCGGUGCAUCCAUUAACCUUAUGCCAUAUCAUGUUUAUGAGAAACUUAACCUUGGUGAGUUGCAAGCCACAACUGUGAGCAUUCAAUUGGCAGAUAGAACUAUUCGGUAUCCCAAGGGCAUUCUAGAAGACGUUUUGGUGAACGUAGAAGGUUUAAUCUUGCCAGCUGAUUUCUUAGUCUUGGAGAUGGAAGAAGCACCAAUUCCUGACAAUGAAUUGCCCCUUAUCUUUGGCCGACCCUUCAUGGCUACUGCUAAGACCAAGAUUGAUGUAGAGCAAGGCACUCUCACCAUGAUCGUUAAUGGAGAAACUGUUGCCUUCAAAGUGUUUGAUGCCCUGAAGCCAAAUGUUGUACAAGAUUGUUUUCAAAUUGAAGUACUUGGUAAUCCAGGGAAAGAGAGAUUUGAUGGCCUUCCUUAUUCAGUAGAAUCAUGCUUGCUGAAAAGAGGAGACAAGGAGGAGCAGAGGGCAGCCCACAUGUUCAAUGCUCCAAUUCCCACACACAAGAAGGGGCUGCCCAAACUUGGAGAUGUGAAUAUUCCAAUCAUUCCUACAAUUCAUUGUGAUUCCAUUCAUAAACAGAAAAGGAAAAGAAAAGUAGCAAGGAAGCAAUGGAAAAGGAGAACAAGCUUGGUGAACUGUCUUGCAUUGCAUGAGGUGUCGAUUGAGCCCAAACCCCCCCAUUCACUAUAG